CACCCAGCAUCAAAAGCCCUCUUGUUUCCGACAGGAUAACAACUAAACCCUAUUCUUUUCUCUUCUCCCCACUUUGCUCCUGCUUCCGUACCCUUCUCCCCCUUCUCUCUCGUCUCGCUUUAACGACCUUCUUAUGAUCUCCCAUUCGUCCUCAGCCUAGCCUAAUCAACAUCAACGCCUCAAAUAAUAUCAGUCUGCCCUCAUCUUCUUUUCCCCUGACCUAUAGAAUCGUCCGCUCGUGUUCUGUACUGCAUCCUCGUUUUGGCCGGCGAUUGUGUAUUGGGUCUACGCUGUUGCUCUCCCUCUCUCCCACUCUCUUCCGCUCUCUCCCACCAUUGUUCACUUGACUCCCUAGCCACUCUACCCCCUUCCGCCGUGCUCAAAAUUAUCCAGGGAACAUAAUUUCCUCUCGUGCCAAUACCGGGCUGUUGUUGCCUGGCUGGCGUCGGCACUUUCACCACUUGAUAAAUUCUACUCCUGGUAAACUCUCGCAUUAAUGGCUUCGACGCGCAAACCUCCUGUGGGAAACAAUGUUUCAAGUCCACUCAAUCGACGCUCCAUGCCUCCCACAGCCCCCUCUACCACUAGGGGACCCGCUCGCUCUCCGACCCCAAACUCUAGCGGGCCAGCCGUCGGUCCGCCCAACGCUGUCGCGCGCCGUAAUACCCUUCGCGAUCGAGAGCUGAGCUCUGGCAAUCCCAACAGAAACAGCAUCUCAUCUCCUCUCAGUGCUCGUUCUGCUGCCAAGCGUCCCUCAUCUAACUCUUCUGAUGCAGACCUUGAGAGCGCAGCAAUUCUGGAAGAUCUACGUAGCAGAUUGGCCCAAAGCGAAUCCGCGGCUGAGGCUGCUGCUGAAGAGUACGCUAAGCAGGUCAAGGCCCUCCAAAUAAGGCUCGAGGAAGCUUUGGGUGAACAAAUGAGGAUGGAAGAAGUAUGUCACGGCAAGGACGAGGUCAUUGAAAAUUUUGAAAUCCAAAUUAAGGACUUGACAAGGACAAAAAGGGAUCAAGAUAACAUACAUGAGGCAGAGAGAAUCGCUGCCCAGCAAGAAAAAGAAGAGAUGCUAGAUAGGGAGGAAGAACUUAACGCUAUUGUCCAACGGCUUAAGGAUUCUCUUGCUCAGCGUGAGAAAUCUGCUGAUUGUGACGGUCGCAAUUCGCUCGAGUCCCCUCCUGCGGAUGAACCUCUCGGAUUUGCCCCAUCAAACAACGCCCCAGCUCCCAAUCGCAGCAACAAUAUUCUUCUCCAGAAGGACAAACUUAUUGAGUCGCUUCGCUUGGAACUUGCUGAGGCACAGAUCCGGCUCGCCGAAGCUGACCACCAAGGAGGUACCAAGCUACACCAAUUGGAGCAGCAGCUUCUUGAAACCCGGAUGACGAACGCGCGUUUGAUGGAGGAUAAUGAGAGUUUUCAACUUCUCCUUUCCUCAGCGGCCCUCAAUGGGGACUUCCCACGUGGCGAUUACAACGAUGCAUUCUCAGAGGCCGAACCCGAACCGGAGUCACAUGUGGUCAAGAAGGUCCAAGGCUCGCCCCGGAAUUCGAUCUCUCUCGGAUCCAACCUGGCGGAAGAGCUCGAAGAGGCUGCCCAUAGCGAAACCGAGAAAUAUCGCAAGCUCGAGAGCGAGUUGAAGUCGCUGAAGGAGCAGAAUAAAGCAAUGUCCCUCUAUAUUAACAAUAUCAUCGAGCGGAUUUUGCAGCAUAAAGAUUCUGAGGCUAUCCUUGAUAAAACAGCGUCGCUCAGCGCUUCUGCAGCCGCCCCAACUGGCACUGACAAGGCGCUACCUCCUCCGCCAGCUGAGGAAGAGCCUGGUCACGGUAAAAUCCUUCAGAGGACAAAAUCUUUGGCCAACCGAAAUAACGCGAAGCCCUCCAAACAACCAACCGAGGGUGAGGCAGUAUUGACCAGAUCACAAUCUAUGCGCGCCCCUCCGGUCGGUGCGCACAAACGGUCGCAAUCUGACGCUAAUACGGUGUACUCCGGUGCCAGCGUGGUCAAUAAUCUUUAUCGCGGUGAAGGAAUAAUUACGCCGCGGUCUCAAACAUUUUACGGAAGUGAACAGUUUAACAAGGGCAAUCGCCCAAGAAACUCGGAUAUUAGCCUUGACUCUACAGCCUCUGACCUCGGUGAUCUUCCGGCUCGCCCGGCGCCCUCACCUACGCAUAGCGCAGCCGUGGGACCCAUUGCGGGCAAUAAGCUCCGACCUUUGAGACUGGUUCAGGAGAAUGUGAGCAAUGGCCUUGUUAGUCCGCCUCUCCAAGGAGGCUCGCGAAAGAUCUCUGGGGAUUACAAGGACGAUGUAGGGGAUCCAAAUGUGAAGCUUGAGAAAAGACAAAGCAAGAGAGGCAGCUGGAUGAUGUCAAUAUUCAGUAGAAAUAAGGAGGAUCAGGCAUCCGUGCUUCCAGCCGAGAAUGUAUUAUUCGAAAGAAAGGAUGUUGAAUAGGUUAAUACCCAUUUUGGAACUAGACCUUUCCAUUUCAUGUUUCCCCUCUCUCCCCCUCUCUCCUCCUUUAAACUACGUUCUAGAUGGCUUGUCUUGGGUAGCGAUCGAUCUGUGUACAUGUUUUUGCUGCUGAGCGGGUUUUAUUAUUCCAUUUCUCCACCUCCCCCCUCCUUUUCUCUAUUCCCUUGACGUUUUUUUCUCCCCUUCUUUUUUCUUUUCCCCUUUCAUUGGAUUGAACCCUUUUUAACAGCUCUUGAAAAAUGAUGUCUUCGGCAGUAUGAUGGAUAAGUAAUGACACUGUUCAAAAACGAAUAUUUUUCGCUGUUUUUCUGUUUCAUUACGCUACGCUAUGCUCUUAUCAAUGUUUCCACCGAAUGCGCGGAUGGGUAUCACCCCUUGAUCCAAUGAAUGAUUGAAGCGCUA